AUGGACUCUCUUUUGCGGUUGGUCUGCCGCUUCGGGCCGGGGUUCCUGCAGAGCUACGACAGGGAACCGGCCAUCUCUGCAGUAGAAUUCGAGGGCUGGCGAGGAGUCAUUCACGAUGCUGUUCACCGUUUUAUCUGCGGCGAUAUGUGCAUGUCGACAACGAUGGGAGUUGAGCCGUUCUGGAAGGGAACCAGCGCCCUUGAAGAAAGCAUCCUGCCGGCCAACGUAGCAUCCCGCAUGGAAGAUUCCGGGCCUUUACGGAUACUUCUAGGGUGGUAUUCCGGUCAUUGGGAGACGUGUUGA